GGACAGCGCGGCUCCUCCGCCGGCUGCCGCAACCGCCGCUCCCCGCCGGGGCACCGCCGGCAGCGAGGCAAAGUCCGCUUCGAAACUUCCUUGCGGGACUUUGAGCAACUUGAGGCCGCGGAGGUGCAGCCGGGCAGGGCUCAGGGAGCGGCCCCUCUGUGUGGGGUGGGACCGCGGCGGUCGGAGCAGCUGGAUUGAGAAUCAUCUGGAGCAGAGACACAUUUCACAUGUGAAGCUCUUCACUUCAGAAUCUGUUUUCAAUCAACUUAUUUCUGCAUGCUUAUAAUUUUAUAUAGCUGCUAAAUACAGACCAUGCCGAGCAGAAUGGGCUCAAAAAUUGAUCUGAACAAAGACUUCAUCAGAGUAAAAACACACUACAGUGGGGACAUCCUGAUAACAAACCUGGAUGCAUCCAUGAGCUAUGCUGAGCUCUGUGAUGAAGUGCACGAGAUGUGCAACUUGCAGCAGGAGCAGCCCAUUACCCUCAAGUGGAUUGAUGAUGAAGGUGACCCCUGUACCAUCUCCUCUCAGAUGGAGCUGGAGGAAGCAUUCCGUCUGUACUGCCAGAACAGGGACCAGGGGCUGAUCAUUCAUGUUUUCCCAAGUACUCCAGAGAAACCCGGCAUGCCUUGUCCAGGAGAAGAUCAAUCCAUCUACCGCCGGGGAGCCCGAAGAUGGAGGAAGCUGUACCGAGUCAAUGGGCAUUUGUUUCAGGCCAAACGUUUUAACAGAAGAGCUUACUGUGGCCAGUGCAGUGAAAGGAUAUGGGGCAUCGCAAGGCAAGGCUACAAGUGCAUCAACUGCAAGCUGCUGGUCCAUAAACGCUGUCACAUCCUUGUCCCACUGACCUGCAAAAGGCAUAUGGAUUCGGUCAUGCCUUCCCAGGAACCUCGCUUAGAUGACAAAAACGAUGAGGCCGAUCUCCCUUCAGAGGACACUGAUGGAAUUCCCUACAUUCCUUCAAACCGGAAACAUGACACCAUUAAAGAUGACUCUGAGGAUCUCAAACCAGUCAUUGAUGGAAUGGAUGGAAUUAAGAUUUCUCAGGGGCUUGGGCUCCAGGACUUUGAUUUAAUCCGAGUUAUUGGCCGUGGAAGUUAUGCCAAAGUUCUUCUGGUUCGGUUAAAAAAGAACGAUCAGAUCUAUGCUAUGAAAGUCGUGAAAAAAGAGCUGGUCCAUGAUGAUGAGGAUAUUGAUUGGGUACAGACAGAGAAACAUGUGUUUGAACAGGCAUCCAGUAACCCAUUCCUAGUUGGUUUGCACUCAUGCUUUCAAACAACAAGUCGGUUGUUCCUUGUCAUCGAGUACGUCAAUGGGGGGGACCUCAUGUUCCACAUGCAACGGCAGAGGAAGCUCCCUGAGGAACACGCAAGGUUUUAUGCUGCUGAAAUUUGUAUUGCUCUAAACUUCCUACAUGAAAGAGGCAUCAUCUACAGAGAUCUGAAACUGGACAAUGUUCUCUUGGAUGCAGAGGGUCAUAUCAAAUUAACAGAUUAUGGCAUGUGCAAGGAAGGUUUGGGCCCAGGUGACACUACAAGCACUUUCUGUGGGACACCAAAUUACAUUGCACCAGAGAUCCUCAGAGGAGAAGAAUAUGGCUUCAGCGUGGACUGGUGGGCGCUGGGGGUGCUGAUGUUCGAGAUGAUGGCGGGGAGGUCCCCGUUCGACAUCAUCACUGACAAUCCCGACAUGAACACUGAAGAUUACCUCUUCCAAGUUAUUCUGGAGAAGCCAAUCCGGAUUCCAAGGUUCCUUUCUGUCAAGGCUUCCCAUGUGUUAAAAGGAUUUUUAAACAAGGAUCCCAAAGAAAGGCUUGGCUGCCAGCCCCAGACUGGAUUUGCUGAUAUCAAGUCUCACACGUUUUUCCGCAGCAUAGACUGGGACCUGCUGGAGAAGAAGCAGACGACGCCCCCGUUCCAGCCGCAGAUCACGGACGAUUACGGCUUGGACAACUUCGACACGCAGUUCACCAGCGAGCCCGUGCAGCUCACCCCAGAUGAUGAAGAUAUAAUAAAGCGAAUAGAUCAGUCCGAAUUUGAAGGAUUUGAAUAUAUUAAUCCAUUGUUGCUGUCAACAGAAGAAACAGUAUGAAGGAAUGACCUCGUUGGGGACAGUUGAAUGACAUUAAUUUAUCCUUAACUACAGUAUAUGCAUGCGAGGCUGGGACUGGUCACUUUGGAUGGAGACCAAUGAUCUAAAAACAAAUUUGCUGCUGAAAAUCAAAGAAGAGAAUUAUGAUUUUGGUGGGUGUCCUCUGCCACUUAGUGAUUCUUAAGUUCUGGGCACUGACACAACUGGCUUCAUUAAUGAAGGAAUUUGCAUUUUGUGCCUGUUUCAUGAAGGAUUGAAACGUUCAUUGCAUCCCUGCAAAAGGAGAUCAUGAGAAACUCUGAGAUCCACACACUUUCUACAAACAUUUGAUGCAAUGAGCUCCCAGUUGAAGAGUAUUACAGUGUAACAUCCUGAAGAAUAAAAUAUAUUACAGUGGUGUUGAA